AUGGCACUUUAUCGUCCAUACCUUAUCUUGUCUCUAACUAUUUGUCUUUUUCUCAUAUUCUCAUCAUGUCAAGCUUAUCAAUUAUUUCGGGAUAUAUCCAUUCCGAAUCGUCCAAUUAAGUAUCAUGUUUUGAGUGACUCUGAUCGUAAUAUUGAUCGCAUGAAACAAUAUCAUGAUACAAUGGCGCAAUUGAAACACUGGGGUCGAUCAGUCGAUGAGUUCGAUAACGAUGUUACCAAUCAUUACAAAAAUCCAGCCGAUGAUGACAAACAUUGA